CAUUUACCUCUUGCCCGUAAUUGUUUUUCUAAUUUAAUGGUUGAGUUGUUGUUGAGUGAGCUCAGCCUUCACCAACAGAAGCACAGAAACAAAAGAUUACUGCACGAAUAAAGUCAAAAAGUCUGAAUGGUUUUCACUCUGAUCAAUCUGUGAAGGAAUCGAGGAAGGAAGGAAGCGUGAGGGUUAGGGUAAGGCUAAGGGUUGAGAAGGCAUAGAAAAAGUCAAUUCAAAUGCCGGAAGAGGAUUUGGUUGACAUCAAGUUUAGGUUGUACGAUGGCUCCGAUAUCGGACCCUUCAGGUACUCAUCCGCCGCCACUGUCGAUAUGCUUAAGCAGAGGAUUGUCUCCGAUUGGCCCAAAGGUAAAACGAUCGUACCAAAGUCAGCUAAUGAAGUGAAAUUGAUUAAUUCUGGUCAAAUCUUGGAAAACAACAAGACUGUUGGUCAAUGUAAAGUACUAUUUGGUGAGAUUGCAGGAAGUAUUAUAAUAAUGCAUGUUGUUGUACAGCCAUCUCUCGCAAAAACUAAAGCUGGUAAGUUCCAUGAACUUCUUAUCUUAGGGAAUACAUAAAAUUUUCAGUUAGUUUUUCUUAAGCUGUUUCAAUAUGUUACUUGGUAUGAAAAUUAAGUAGAGCACGUAUCAGAACCAAUUCCACGAGUUUGCAGCUGGAUCUGCAUGAUAGAUGACAUGGUUUACUAAUACUCUUAUGGAACACCUCGGUCUCCUUUAUCCGAAAUAAAUGAUGUAGAACUGAGGGACCCUAGUAGAUUAAUUAGGUUAGCCAGCUUUUUCCAUUAGAUUAAUUUUCUUAAAUCCCCAAUUUGAUCACUGAACUGGUGAAAACACUUGUUUUAUUGGAUCAACAAUAACUAAACUGUGGUUAAAUUGGUGACACUUAUAUAUUGUUAAUUAUAUACAAUAUAUUUAGUAAUAAACUUACGAUAAUACCACAAUAAAUCAAGUUAGAGAAAAUUUAAAAUUACCUUAAAAUUAUUAUAUUGUGUGUCCUGAUAAUUUCCAUCUAUUGGUGAACCUGAUAUGCAUUGUAAUUUGACUUUAGGCAUUUAUUUGAUUAAAAAAAUAUGAAUUAACAAGAAAUGUGUUAUAUACAACAAAAAGUAAACGGGUUCGCCAUUAGUGGUUUUUGCAAUAAUUUUGUGCAUCAAAUUAUAGAAUUUCAUUGCUUUGAUUAGUUGAAUAAACACCGUAAAUGUUAUUGAAAAGUGAAAAUCAAAAGCUAUAUCGGGAUAGUAGUUGAUCAUCUUUUGAUUUUUUUUCCCAAACACAAUUAACUUUUUGUGUUGAGCACCAACAGUCUUUGGUCCGGUUAGCACCAUCUAAUGUUAAGAGAGAUUCUUGUGCUCACUUAGUCAAUUUAUAGACUAUACUAAUAAGUAAUUGAACAUGUAUUCAUUUCAAAUGUGAAAUUACUGUUUGGAACGACAUUUUUUUUUACAAUAAUUUAACAUAAACUUGUGUGUUAUUUAUCUUUAGUCUGAACAAGUUGCCUAGAUUCAACUUGUAUAAUCGGUAUUAGCAGUGAAAUAUUGUAUUUUUGUCUCUUAAUUGAGAAUUUGAUUCUCCCCUGUUUGGUUCAUGUGGUAAAGGAAAUAGGUAUGCUUCUUUUUUUAGGUUCAAAAUAUAAAAUGGUAGUGAAGUAUAACUAAACAUGUGAAAGUGCGGAAUCUGAUGUUCUUCAGUGUUAUAUUCCUAUUUUAUGUGCGGCACAGGCCUCCACAUUCGAUGUAUAAAUAGUAACUGUAUUGCUUCGUAAGCUGUGCAGUUUAUCAUCCAUGAUCACAUGUGGAGGUUUCAUUGUCGGUUUGAUUGUCAAUCCAUGUAUCUUACCAUUACUGCAUUACUUCGUUUGGGGAAGGUAACUCUUAAGCAGGACUUGUUUUGAAUAAUAUAACACCUCAUACCCCCUAAGACAUGUACAACACAAUGUUAGUUAGUAUUGCUCUGUUUUAGGGUGCAUCAAUUGUCCUGUGACGGAAUUGGAUGUGUUAAGUCACAAUCGAAUUGUGACAUUCAAGUUGUUAUGUUCUUAACUAGAAAGAGUUGUGUCUUGAUUAUUAGCUAUUACUUUUAGUUUAGUGAUAAGUGUUAUAACAAUUGGUACAAUGUAUAAUUUGAUUCUUAUUGGAACAAUUGUUUAGUAAAAGAUUGUUGCGAGUUACACAAUUAUCCCGAGUUACACAAUUAUCCCGAGUUACACAAUUAUCCCGUAACAUGGGUCAAGUAGGUUAAGUCACAAUCUGACUGUUCGAUUUCUGGUUGAACAUUGCUUAGGGAGAGAUUGUUAGAGGGAUGCAUCAAUUAUCCCAUGACAGAAGUGGGUCAAGUCACGGAACAAUCAGCUAUAGCGGCCUAGUGAACAUGUUCUGCCAUUACGUGUUCAAUUUAAAUAUUUUUUUCUUCUUUUUAGAUUGUCGAAGCGAAUAUUUCCAUCGAACAAGAUAAUUUUUUCUAAUGAAAAAUAAUUAUUUUUAAACAUUUAGAAAAGUGAGCUUAAACAUAAUGUAAAAUGUUAAAAAUAGUUUCUUAGUAUUGUUUUCCCUGGGUCGUUAUCAUUAAAAAUUGUCAAGUUUAAUAAAUUGUUUUAAAAAAGAUGAAUAUUAUUUUCUUGAUGAUACAGUUCUUUGUUUUUGGGUAAAGACGCGGUGCUUACCGUGUAAAAUAGUGAACAAUUUUACAUUUAGUGUGAAGCUUAUUAUUAGAAAAAAGAUGAACGUACAAAUCUUGAUUACCAUAGAUUCUGUCAUUUUACUUGUGUGUGGUUGGUGUCGGUGGUCUUGUAUUUCAGAGAUUCUUUAGAUUACAAGACACUUGGGAUUCAAACAUAAGGAUCCCUCUUUCUUCACCUCCGCAAUUUUGCUGUAUUACCUCUCGUUCAUUCGGAAAUAGG